GCACUAUACCAGCUGAUCUGGGUAGGCAUCAAACACAGACAGAAAAUUGCCUCACCUCUAAAGCUAAUUUUAGUCUCUCCUAUCUAGCUCUGCUUCUAUUAAAUCACUGCUAGUCUGACAGUGUUCCAGUAACCUGUGCCGUGCACGAAGCAGGGUGCACUGACUAACCAUCUAUUGCAUGGCAUGGGUUAACUGAGCCUGUGGGAUUGUGCUUACCUAAACAAAACCACUGCAAUGAGGGGAAAAAACAAUGAAUGGGUGGAGAUGUUCAAGCCGAGGCACUCCAGCUAGUGCAGUCGGGCUGCAAUGACAGGCUGAAGGUUGCAGCAGCAUCGGGAUCUGCAUUCAAAGUGAGUGAAUCUUACAUUCUGGAGCGAGCUUGCGUGCAGGUCUUGUUUAUUUGCUGAGACAUGGCCAGUAACCAGGCCAGCCUGCAGGAUGAGCAGAGCAGGCAUUGUAAGUUCUUAUCCUAUAUGUUCUACCAGGCUGUGAGAGACCACAAACCGGUAUGGAUGCUGGAAGAUAUGAGAACUAUGGAAUAUUUUUACUGGGAGGAAAAUGCCAGCCUGAGAACGUAUUCACCUUCGGAAGCCCUUCUCUAUGCAGUGGUGCAUAAUCACCUGCCUUAUGCCCAAUAUCUGCUGUCUCAUUUUCCAGAGGAGGCUCUCAAGGUGCCUGGAGAGCAUUUCUGCUAUUGCCCGUCCUCUGCCCCUCAUUUGGCCAUGGCAGUCACAUACGACAGGAGGGACAUUUUGGGGCUGAUCAUCAAGAUUGCACACAAGCUACCCAGCCUAAACUCCUACAUCAACAGGACCGGCUGCUUUCAUCUGGAAGAUGGCAAGACCCCGCUGCACCUUGCCUGCGAACUGCUGAGGUCAGAGACCGUCCUCAUCCUCCUAGGGAACGGGGCUUCUCCCAGGAUCGAGGACAGUAAAGGGCUCACCCCGUUGGAUGUCAUCCUGGAGCAGAUGUGGGACUCCAAAGUCAAUGUGGCAUCAAAAAAGCUCUGCCUCGAUUACCUCUUGCUCUUCAUGCCUAGCCCACAGUUUAAGAUGCGGAGAGUUCUGCAGGAUCAUCCAGACCACUGGACAGCUUUGCUAGGGGAAGACAAAUUCAACACCCUGGUGGGGAACACACCUGCUUCUUUAUACCUGCAAGCUAUGCAAACUAUUCUCCAGUCUCUCCCACCUUCCCACUUUCCUAAAAGCAUCCAGGAACUACCUAUACCUCAGGCACUAAAGCCCCUACCUUCCUACGGCAAAAAGUUACAGACAAAAAAUGUGGUAAAUGUUUUUCCUUGACUAUUUUGGGGGGGUUGGAUUUUCAAAGGCACCUAAGGGAGUUAGGCACCUACCUCCCCUAGAAUUUCAAUGAGAUUUUGGUACCUACCUCCCAUAGGCCCCAUUUGAAAAUCCAAUAUUUUAUGAGAAGAUUUUCAGUGUUUUUCUAAUCGAUUGCGGGCACGGCACUUUUAAAAGCAACUCCUUCUUUUUUAUUGUUGUGCAUGUGAAGGGUUAAGUUUAAUUGAAGCAAUUUUUCAACUGCCAGCUGAAAUCAGUGUAUCUAAAUUCCCAGUAUAUUAACAUUAUCCUAUGUAAAUUAUGCCGGUGAAAAAGAAUGACCUGUCCAUUGGGAUUUGCAAAUACUGUAACUAUGGAACUGUAUUCUACCAGCCCUAUAAAAACCAGCAACGGGGUUGAGAUGUCAGGUUUCCUUUCUGCUCCAGUCAUGAUCAGAAAUCCUGUGGCUCACAAUACUCUGACUGCAGUGGUGUUGAGUCAGUGCUGCAGUCUACUCAAUUAGAGUCAGGGACGCCGUGUUCUUGCUCAGAGGAUAAAGACAGGCAGCAUACUGAUGAGAAGGCAUCCUUUUUUUAUUUGGGAGUGAGAGGGUUAAAGGCGAUCCCAGUGCUGAAGCUUCUAUAGAAUUGUGUGCAGUGGGGCGGGAACCAUCUUUCAUGCUGUUCAGCGAAAAAAUGCAAAUCCGGGCAAUACCAGCGAGUGGAAGUCCAUCUUUAAUGAGUGACAUUAGUUCCCCGGGACUCUUGUUUUAAGGGGUGACGGUGUCCCCAAGAGAGUUACAGCUGUGCCUGUGCCUUGAUUUAGAGAUUUAUAUCAAAGCCACCUGCAUUUGCUAAUUACUUGAAGAUGGGCUGUGGUAUUUUGCUGCUAUAAAUCAUUAGUGGGGCAGAUUAGGUCAUUCAUCCUCCAUGCCGCAGAUAGAAGGCCCGAUCCUGCAGUGGGAGCUGAAGACAGGUGGUGUUCACAGGAUCGGGCCCGGAAACUGAUGUCGACUGCCUUGAGUUCCCAACACAGAGGGGACUCCCCUCAUUAAUCAGUCAGUAUCUUGCUGUCGGUGUGGAAUACUACUCCCCACACCCCUAGCCACAAUCACAGCAGACUAGUGAGAUCAUGGCCCAGCAGCAUGCCUCGCCAACGCCCUUCGCAGCAUAGUCUUUAUUUAGCUAUACAAUAAAGUUAUUUUAGUCAAA